GAGGGAGGCGGAGUGGAACGGGACGGGCACUAACUGCCAAUUGCUUCCCAAAGUCUAAUCUUUGGAGGAAAGGCGAGGAUGAUCGACGUCGGGAGAGCAGGCGAGUGGGAAUUCCCCUUUUUGGUUGGCAGUGAUUGAUAAGAGAAUCGAGGUCAAAGGGGUGAAGAGAAAAGGGUGGUGGCCGUGAGAGGAGGCGGUAUCGGCAUCUGAUUCCAUUACCGAGAUUCAUAUCUGCGUUUUCAAGCUCUAGGAAUCCAUUUUUUGUCGACCGUGGUGCUUGGAAAGGAAGCGCCUUUCCUCUGAUUUCCCAUUGCGGAAGGAAAAAUUAAAUCACUGGCGGUUCGGUGAAGCAUCAAAAGCUGGAAUCUUCCUAAGCAUCCGCUCUCGUGAACUCCCCUUCCCUUUGAAGAAGGAGGAUGCCGAAGGCAGGAAAGAAUAUUUAUCCUUGUGUCUAUGGGUCAUUCCACUCUGAUCAACCAUAGUUGAGCUUCUCCAGUUGAAUUUUGUUCUACUUUAAGCUUGAUUUCUCACUCUUCAAAAAACAAUGAAGAGUAACUAGAGAUGUAUUCAAGUUGUGUAACGUGGAGUAUGUUAUGAUAAGAUCAUAAAGUGUGAAAGGUUGAUGCUUUGGAGUUCUGCUGGUACAGAUGGCAGCUGAUUCUAACAUGGGUUCCUACCAAGCAAACCUGCCUUCAUCUUUCCAUCAUCCUCUCAUGGUUUCUUUCCAGUCAGGUGCAAUAAAUAGCUUGAGUGGCAUGGUUUCUGAUGACAUCUGCAGUUUGGGUGGAAAGAACAACAUCGUUGGCCAGUUCGAUUCUCUUGGUUCAGGCCUGAUCAAUCAUAUGGAUGCAAUGACUUCCAUUCAGUACUCUGCAGGAUCUGUUAUUCAUGAACCAGUGCCAGGGUUUGAACAUGUGUCAGGCUCACCUGCAAAUUGGUCACAAGAAGAAAUUGAAAUUUUGCACGUAGGUCUUAUCAAAUAUUCUUAUCUCAUGGGAAUACGAAAGUACAUAAAAAUAUCUGCUAUGUUGCGUAAGAAGACUAUAAGAGAUGUCGCAUUGAUGUGCCAAUCGAUCACACACAAGGAAACUGGAAAGAGGCAGAAAAUGAAAGAAUAUUAUGCAGCAGGAAAGACAAAAGAUAUGCUGGAUAAGAUGGGCAGCCCUUCUUCAACAGCCAACAUUUCCAUGGCUCCUAAAUUGCUAACAGGGAAUCAUAUGAAGAUCCAGGAUAGUAUACCAUCCGAAGCUCCCUCUUUAGAGCAUAUUUUGGAUGAAAAUAAUAAACUUAUGGAUGAAAUUGCAAAAAAUAUUGACAGAGGCAUGCUAGAAGAGAACAUUAAUCUUUUUCAUUAUGUGAAAAAUAACAUCUCGAUCAUUGAGAAUAGAAUAAGUGUAAUGUCGACAACAAUUAAUAAAUUUCCUGGAUCCAUGAGACAAAUGCCUAUCCUGAGGGUAUCUAUAAACGAUGAGCUUCUAGCCAGUCUUAUCAAUCACACUAACAAUAACAUUACAGGUGCUCUGCCAAUGAACAACUACCAGUUGGACACAAUUUGCAUCACACCUAACAUAAGAGGAUUCAGAGAGCACACAUAAUCUCUCAGAAAACGCUACCAAUUCUAUCAGCUUCCUGCAUUCAUCGUCUGUCCAACGAGGAGGCCCUCAUCAAGUAGUCAGCAAUGACACCGAACCAUGGAAUGCGGAGUUUGGCAACGAAGUCUCUUUGAAGCUAAAUUGCAACCUGACUAACUCCUUUUUUUGGGUCUAAAUUUUGUAUGUUUUUGCUGGAUAGUUGGAGGUUCUUUCGAGUGUGAAAAAUAUAAUGGUGUUUAAUCCUUGAAGCAUGGAUAAGUGAAUAUAUUGGCCAGAUGUUUCUUGAUGAUCA